AUGGAUGAGAGUCAUGAGAACAUAGGCAUGCAGAGUGGCUGUCUUGGCAACGACCCGAACCAUUCUCAACAAGCAGUGCUGCAGCGGCGAUGGUCACUAGGGAAUGGCAACUCGUAUGACAUGGGCACUGUUCAGUCCCCAUCUUCACGUGUGCUGAGCAAUCGCCUCCGCCUCUUCUCGCCUACCGCAGUGGGGGCUGAGAGCGGCAAGAACAGCGCUUCAGCGUGUCAGUAUCGCGGACCACUGGCCAUAGCCGUACAGCCCGAUGAAGCAAGCGACACCUGGUCACAGACCUCUUUGGUAAACAGUUGCAAGGAGGGCAGCGGCGCGCCGAUGGGUUCUAGUUCGCUGGUCAUCAAAGCCAAAGCGGUGCCAACGCCACUGCCGUCAUCGCGGCUACAUUCCAACGAUUACAGACGCGAUGCCACACACGCUCGCCCUACCCCCACGAACUCACGCCACAAUAAGGAGGAAACGGUGGCGCCGGCGUCAUACUCUGAGACGCGGGGCGCUGAGCGCUCGCCACAGUCGCGCACCGCAUCCCCAAGGUCCUCUGUAUCCUCGCUGCUGCCUUCCGCUUCUAGCUCGCCCGCCGUUCCAGGCCCCCCUUCACCACCGCCACCGCCGCCGCUCCGCUCCAUCAAGGUGAUACCUACAGCUGAAGUUAGGCAUACCUCUUCGCCGCGCGGCAGCACCGAUUACCUGGAUGAGGCGUUUUGGGCGGGGCUCGGUCCGUUGAUGGUGGUGCACUUGGACGCUCUUCCCGACCUUGCCGGAGCUCAACCAAAUCCUUCUCGAGAAGUCGUUUCCAGGGAAGAGGCAACAUCAGCAGCAGAUGCAACAUUAUCUUCAUCGUUGCCAUCACGCUCACACUCGAUGCACCUGGACCCAUACUGGACCGCUCUCGUGGCACAGCAGGAGCUAAAUACGCACGAGCGUGAGGUGGCGGCGCUGCACGCGAGGCUGGAGAACGCCGAUCAACAAGUGCGCAUCAUGGGGCAGCAAGUGAUGGCGGCAGCGGAAGCGCGGGCGGCGGAGCUGGUGGAGGGGUACAAGGCCGACGAGCGAAAGCGCCGAGCGCAGUUUCAGGCCACGCUGGAUGCCCUGCGAGAGGAGAACCGGGAACUAACCGCUAAGUUGGAGGCGGCGGCGCGGGCGCCGGCGAUGGGAAUUCUGAGAGCAACCACUUCUCCGCAAUGGGCGUCGAGUGGUGACGCGGCAGUGGAAGCGAGAGAGAGGGUGGCGGGCGCCACAUCGGAUCUGCUCGUGGCAAGUGCAACCGCAGUGAGUCCAGCAGAGGUGACGCGGCAGCUGCAGUCGAUUGAGGCAUACUGGCGCGAUCGACUACGCACGGCGGAACGUCACUGGGAAGACGAGAUGUCGCGGCAGACGCGGCAGCGGCGCGAGGCGCUCGACCAGGUGGAGGAGCUGGUUCGAACAGUCGAGCAGCUGCAAGAGGAAGUGCGCUACACCCGGCGCCAGGCUGCCUGCCUUCGAGAGGAAAACACACGUCUCUGUUGCGCCGCCAAAGCCGUGUCAGCUGAUGGCGUUUCCGCCCUCGUCCUCCCUGUUCCACCAGUCACCACGCCGUCACCCGAAGAGGUGCUGCGCCUGCGUCAGGCACUGAAGGAGCAUCAGCACAAGGAGGCUGCUCUGCUGGUGCAGGUGGAGAGCUACAGUGAGGAGGCCACCCGUGUGCGACUGCGGUACGAAGCAGCGCUCGAAAGGGCGGAGCAGGAGCUUGCAGCGGAGCGGCGACGCAGCACGGAGAUGGUGAAGCUGUACGGCAGUCAGCUGGAGUCCCUGCACCACCAGCUCCGUCACAGAGCUGUCACUUAG